AGAGUAUGGAUCUAAAUAUCCCGCAGUAAAAGAUCUUGGUAUUGGCGGCGCAACAAAUGCCGGCAAGAAAGUAAUGAGGAGGGGUUGGAUUGAUAGAGAAAAAGUUUCUGUCACUUUGCCAAAUAUUUUUGAAUCGGGAAAAUUAAAAUCCUUACCUCGAUAUUUAAAAGAAACAUUUACUAAUUUCGUAGUUAUCGACAAGCCUGAAUAUGAUUUGGUUUUAGGUCAUAUAUGGCUAAUGCAUACAGGAUAUACAAUCGAAAUAAACCAUUAUACAUUAAUAGACUUAAAGAGAUCGAAGAAAGAGAAUUAG